CCCUAAACCCCUCCGUCUGGCUUCCUCCUUCUCCAUUCAGAAGCUCUGAGAGAGAGAAAGAGAGAGAGAAGAAGAAGAAGAAGAAGAAGAAGAAGAAGGAUGUCGGAAGAAGACGAAUCAAUGUCGGAGCAGAGUAAUGAAUUAGGACUUGAUUUCAUUCUGAGCUUGGAUAGUGUUCCAUCAAAGCUCCCUCCACACCUCGAACUCAUCAAAUCACGUGUUCUUUGUUCCAACGAUGCUCCUCUCCAUACGGAUACUAUUCAAUAUUCUGGUGCCUUUGCAGCUUUGGGAGUUGAUAAUAGUCAGCGCUUGGAUAGUUUCUGUGAAAACUUCAAGGUUGAAGUGAAGCGCCUUACGGAUAGUGACAUUGAGUUUGAUAUGAUUGGUAUUGAUCCAGCGAUUGCUAAUGCUUUUCGAAGAAUCCUUAUUGCAGAGGUUCCAACAAUGGCUAUUGAAAGAGUAUAUAUAGCAAACAAUACAUCAGUUGUACAGGAUGAAGUUCUUUCCCAUAGAUUGGGCCUCGUUCCAAUUCGUGCUGAUCCUAGGCUAUUUGAAUAUCCAGACAAUGCGGGAGAUGAGAAGAAUGAAAAAAACACCAUUGUCUUUAAGCUACAUGCUCGUUGUCAUGUGGGUCAACCUCGUAUUACUGUGAAAUCAGAUAAACUAAAGUGGUUACCUAAUGGGAGUGAGCUUCCUUGUGAAGAUGCCAAACCAAGUGCAGGUUCAAAACCAAAAACAUUUACAUCAUUUACUUGCAGCCAAGAUUCACUUCCUGAAUUUUCCAGCAACCCAAUCAGUCUUACAUAUUCGGAUAUUAUAUUAGCUAAACUUGGACCUGGUCAGGAAAUUGAACUUGAAGUACAUGCAGUUAAAGGCAUUGGUAGGACACAUGCAAAAUGGUCCCCAGUUGCCACUGCUUGGUAUCGGAUGCUUCCAGAGGUUGUACUCUUGGAAGAUGUUGAGGGUGAGAUUGCUGACGAAUUAAAAAAGAAGUGUCCAGUUAAUGUGUUUGAUAUUGAAGACAUUGGAAAAGGUAGAAGAAGGGCAAAAGUAGCCAGACCGCGGGAGUGCACUUUGUGUAGGGAAUGCAUCAGAGGGGGCAAAGAAUGGGAAGAUCGUGUAUCAUUACGUCGUGUGAAGAAUCAUUUCAUUUUUACCAUUGAAUCAACUGGAGCAUUACCCCCUGAAGUGCUAUUUACUGAAGCUGUGAAGAUUCUGGAAGAUAAAUGUGAACGUGUGAUUACCGAGCUUUCUUGAUUCUUCUUCAUGGCAUGUCUUAAGAUCAAUGAAAUGGAAAGAAAUUGUCCAUGAUCAGUUUUGUUAUUAUUCCAUUUUAUUUUUAGGACAGGUUUUUCUAUAAUGUGAAGGCUCUUUCUUUACUCAUAGUUAAGCUGUGCAUGUCUGCAUAGCCACGAUCUCAUCUGUAUUAUCCAAAUUUAGUAGCUUAAUUUAAUAGAUUUAAUUGCACCUAAAAGCACUUCUUAGAA